UGCCUUAAAACGUCGCGACAGUAUACACGACAGGAUGCGCGUGCCACACUUCCUAAAUUGAUGGAGCCUCACAUGAGUGCAGGUACUUUUUGGCGGCCGAACCAGGAUCGUUGUAAACAAAUCUAAUCCCAUUUACAAACGUUAUGUGGAAAAAUACUAAACUGAUCCAAGGGUAGCGACAUGGGCCAGUACCUAUGUAGCUAGCUACCUCCAUGCGGGCGAAUUGACGACGCAGCGAGGGAGAGAGAACGCCUUGUGCUCUACCGGGGCCGUGCCUACAAAAUAAAGGAUAAGCAUUUGGAGCGGCAGACCUAGCUUUUACACUGACAUUGGAGUACAAGGCACAGUUUAGGUGUGACACAAGACACGACCGAAGUCAAAACUGAGCGGGAAGCAGAGACGGGGACUUCAGGGGAGUAGGCCGAGUUUGUCUCAUCAGGACCCGAAGCCAUGGAGUCAGAGUACAUAACGACGGUCAUAGCAGAGCAGCCCACGGCGGGCUCGGAGUUCCCGCCCGACUGUGAGAAGACUGAAGCCGUCCAGGAGUUCAGCUUCAGCACGGACCUCUCGCACAUGCAGUGCCCCACCCUGGUCAGCAACGAAAUUAACCUGGAGCCGGACGGCUUCACCUACGUGCACACGGUGGAGCACGUGGCCCACAACUCCGUGUACAUUGCAGAGCAGCCCCAUCCGGCCGAAGUGGCGUACCAGAUCACGACCGAGGUCGACGAGGAGGUCCUGGCGGAACCGGGGGGCGGCGCGCGCCGGGGCAAGAAAAAAAAACACUUGAAGAAAAAGAAGAAACAGUCCGCCAAGAAGGGCAAGACCCGCUCCAUUAAGAAGGAGAACAGCGAUAAAUUAUUCGUUGUACAGUCUAUCCGUGCCGGGAAAGACUCCUACAUCUGCACCGAGUGCGGACAGACUUUCAAGGGGAGAGCAAAUAUUGUAGCACACCUUCAGCAGCAUGAGAUAGAACAGCAGUACUCCUGUAACCAGUGCCCGAAGAGAUUCGGUGAGCUGUCCGUCUUGCUGAAACACCUGAGGAGCUCGCACAAGGGCGGAAAAGAGUACCUCUGUUCUCUGUGUGGCAUGAAGUUCUCUAACUUUAAAACUUUUGCCGCGCAUAUGAGGAUCCAUUCGGGGGACCAGCUGUUCGUGUGCGACGUCUGCGAGAAGAAUUUCCGCCACAGGUCCAGCCUGUCCAGGCACAAACACACCCACAGGCUCGAGAAAAAGGACCGCCUCGCCCUGUGCGAGAGCAGCUACGAGCCGUCGAACCUGGUCAUACACGAGGAGGUGGCGGGCUCGGAGGGGAAGGGCUUCGUGUGCGCCGAGUGCGGGAAGGGCUUCAGCCACGGGUCCAGCCUCUCGCGGCACAGGCAGGUCCACGCGCAGGAGAAGAUGCACCGCCACAAGAGCAGCAAGAACAGCUUCGGCAAGUCGGCGGGCCUCAAAAUACGGCUGAAAAUCCACAGGGAGAAGUCGCACUCGGGCGCCCAGCACGCGCAGAGCUACAGCCUCCAGACCAACGCGAGCCAGCAGACCAAGCAGAGGGAGAGACUGUACUCGUGCUCGCACUGCGACAAGUGUUUCAACCAUUCGUCGAGCCUGUCGAGACACCAGCAGAUUCACGUGCAGAGACCGUACCCCUGCCCCCAGUGCAGGAGAAGCUUCACCACUUCCCUGCACCUUAGCAAUCACAUGGAGAUCCACAAGGAUAAGAAAUUCUACUCGUGCGCCGAUUGCGACAAGAGAUUUAACCAUUCUUCGAGCCUGUCUCGACAUCGGCAGGUUCAUAUAGCAGGUGGAGCCCUUCACUGAGUCAGUGGUUUCUACCACCCGCUCUUCAGACCUGGAAAGGACACCGGAUAAUUCACACUUGAGAGACCAUACUCUUGCACUUGUUGUCAGGCUUGGAUGGAUAUCGAAUUCGCGCAGGACCAUACGUCAGCACUCGCCCGUGAGUGAAGUUUCCCUCGAUCAUCGGAGAGAAUGCAGUCCUUCAGCCAUUCCCAGAAUGUCGUCAAAUCUCAUCAAAAAGCGCAUGAUCCAUGAACUGAUUUGUGUCGGAUGAAAGUUCCCUUUACACGACACUAGGAGACGCUGUGUUGUGGUUGCUGAGGGAUCAGGUCAUGGUGUAAGCGGUAAAGUGACAGUCACAUAAAGUUUGGUCACACUUUAUAUUAAGUAGAUACUUGCCUGUAUCAUUACUUUGUAUUUAAAUGUAGUCAGUUACUGUCUAAUAUAAGCAAGUGCUGUGUAAUUGCUAUGUAGUGACAUGUUGCAUAACUUGUAUAAUCAUCUAAGGGGUUGGGGUUGAUCUUUUGUUAGAUUUGUGGUUGGUUAAGGUUAUGGGUCAGACUUGGGUUGGGUGGCAGAAUUAUUUAAAGAACUUGUAUAAUUACACAAACUGCAAGCUCCUGUUCCACAGUAAAUUGUAACAAUAUGGUAAUAUGUGCUUAUAAUGUAAUGACACAGUAGUUACAAGGUAAUGGUACAGAUUUAUAUCUACUUCAUAUAAAGUGUUACCAAAUUUUUGAUUUGUACUCAGCAGACUAGGCAAACACUUGCUUCAAAAGAGGGGAAAUUGCACACAGCCAAAAAAAAAAAUCUUUAUGCUUUAUGCUAUGUGAGUACUACACCACGUUAUCCAGUUUUACACAGUGUAGAAGAAAAAAUGAAAAUACUUUAUUACUUCCUUUAUUUUAGCAUAACCAUAAGCCCUCAUGACCAUUACUACCUGUCUUUUCCCUCUUCCUUUCCUAUGUAAUGUGGAUGAGAUAGCUGCCCAUUGGAGCUGAAAUGUUGCUUUGUUUCCAGAGUUCCUGGGGAUUGUAGUUCACAUAGUGGCCAUAUUGGAAUGUAGUCCACAGAGACAGCCAGCGCCUGGGAAAACUGCUUCAGCCGAUGUUACGCUGUAUUGAUCGCUUCAGUAAACACACACAUCUAGACCCGUAUAUCCAAAAAAACAAAGUGAGCAGAGAGCAGAAUAUCGUCAAGUAAUUGCAAAUACUCAUUAACCGAAUUAAUUCAUUUUAUGGGGUUGUGAUCCUGGAAGCUGGCAUACGUAAGAGUCCCCAAGAAGUUCGCAAGGCACUGUUCUAGUUACAUGUUUUCCUCUUGCCUUUUAGUCUUAUUUUUGGGCUCCUUUUUUGGUUGAAAGAAUUUGGUUUCAGUGAUGUUUGGUCCUAUAGAUCUGUUGUAUAACACUUGAUUUCCUAAGACUGUCUGCUUGCGGCUGCAGUACACAAAUGCCUCACAGGAUGGCAGCAAAAUACUGAGUGAACAGGAAUGACCUUUUGUGAGGACAGCAGGAGGUAAAAAGAGUUAGCAUUAUAUACUCUUUAAGUGUUGUAAAGCAUAUAUUACAUAUAUAUUUAGUCAAUUGGUAGUUCAGAGACUAGUU